CUAAGAAGCCUUGGGUAGUGCCAGCCGCCGGCCCUGGUCCUCGUUCGCCGUGACCGCUGGAGCCCGUCACCAUCCUCCCCGCGACGUGCUGCCCUGAACCCGCAGCCAUGUGCCGGACCCUGGCCGCCUUCCCCACCACCUGCCUGGAGAGAGCCAAAGAGUUCAAGACACGGCUGGGGAUCUUUCUUCACAAAUCAGAGCUGGGCUCUGAUACUGGGAGCGUUGGCAAGUUUGAGUGGAGCAGCAAACACAGCAAAGAGGGUAGAAACUUCUCAGAAGAUGUGCUGGGGUGGAAAGAGUCAUUUGACUUGCUACUGAGCAGUAAAAAUGGAGUGGCCGCUUUCCACGCCUUCCUGAAGACAGAGUUCAGCGAGGAGAACCUGGAGUUCUGGCUGGCCUGCGAGGAGUUUAAGAAGCUCCGGUCGGCCACCAAGCUGGCCUCCCGGGCUCACAAGAUCUUUGAGGAGUUCAUCCGCAGCGAAGCUCCUAAGGAGGUGAACAUAGACCACGAGACCAGGGAGCUGACCAGGAUGAACUUGCAGACUGCCACGGCCACGUGCUUUGACGUGGCUCAGGGGAAGACUCGCACCCUGAUGGAGAAGGACUCCUAUCCACGCUUCCUGAAGUCCCCUGCUUACCGGGACCUGGUGGCCCAAGCCUCUGCCUCUCUGGCCAGCAGCAGCCACGCAGAGCCCCUGCACACCUGAGCCUCGUGGCGGGGAGGGAGCCAGCCCCGGGGGGAGAGGUGGAGUCACCGGUCCCUAAGGCAGAUUCCACCAAGCAAGCACGAGAGGACAGUGAAGAAAAAAGCCCAUUGGCAGCCUGUUUUGGAAGCGGCCUCUCCUCCAGAUACUGUGGGACUGGGCUCCGUGCAUGAGAGGGUCCCCUCCACCCCCACUUCCAGGACCGGCGGAUAAGGGCCGAAGAUGAGGGUCGCGUGGGGCUCUCUGGGGAAAGGAAAGGCGGCCUAGGAGUUAUCCUUGCUCUUGUUGUUCUCCACGGGGCAAGAAUUAUUCCAGGGUGGACUGGGAAACAUGGGUAAAGGAAACUUGAAAAGGAGAGCAGGACAGCCAGACCAGCUCUUCCUCCGGGGAGGAGAUGACUCUGGCUACAUCCUGUUUUCCUAGUUGCCGGGUGCCCGGGCCCAGGAGGGAGGUGCGGAUGUGGUGCCUUCCCACUCUGCCCUCCUCACCUGCCUCCAGGCUGCCUGGGGCUCCCUUAGCUUGCCCUUCCCCACAUUUGUGUCCAGCCUCAUGGUCUUUGCAAGGCCACAGAACAAUUUGAUGCUUGCCCAAAAUGAGAUUUUUUUUUUUUUAAUACCUCGAAAACUGGCCAUUUGAGCCCCUUUCCACAUCAGUAGAGAGCCUGGAAGAGGGGCCAUUGUGCUCCUGUGAAAUUAAUCUUGGUGCUCUUGGUGACCUUUGCAGGCGGCCCCCGGCCCUGUGCUUGAAGCAAGGUCCAUCUGUGAGUAGGGCCU